AUGAAGGGCCAGUACGUCUCGGCCCACGGUGACGUCAUCAGCCACGUGAACAUCAGCAGCGUGCACGUAACCGACGGAGGCACGUACAGCUGCACGGCGGAGAACAGCGCCGGGAAGAUCGUCCACUCAGCACGACUCAACGUGUACGGACCACCCCAUAUACGACCCAUGGGGCAAUUGUCAGCGGUUGCAGGAGAGACCUUUUCCGUAUCGUGUCCUGCUUCGGGAUAUCCGCUUCACAAGAUCAUUUGGACGAAAGACGGCGUUCGACUCCCGACGGGGCACCGGCAGCGCGUCUUCCCCAACGGCACGCUCGUGAUUGAGCAGGUGACUCGCGGCACGGACGACGGACAGUACUCGUGCACGGCCAUGUCGAGGCAAGGGCGCUCGGACACGCAGCAGCUGACUGUGCGCGUCAUGGGUAUGUUGCUGGGCGCUAUGUUGGCCUCAUGUUGGGCGCUCUGUUGGCCUCAUGUUGGGCGCUCUGUUGGCCUCAUGUUGGUCUCUAUGUCGGCCGCCUAG